ACUUUACAAACAGCGCUCUAAAUCUCAGAACUGGUUUUAGGUUCUCUUUGGUUUGGAUUUAUCCCUUCAGUACCAGUAAAGACCAGCUACGUUUUCAUGAAAGUGACAGAACCAGUUCCAUCUGCUUGGUUGGGUUGGGAAAUGUCUGAAUGAAGAAUCAUCCGAUCAGGUUCUUGGUUCUGGACAGGAUAAAACCUUCAUAUUUCCACUAACAGGAAGGGGACAUCAAUAGAAACUUUAUGGAGAUUUCUAGAGAGUCUUUCGCCUUCCUGUUUUCUCUGAUCUCACUUCCUGUCAAGACGGACUGACCCUCGGCUUCACAUCCGCCCCUGCUCGGUUUCAGCCUGACAGGUCAGUGCGCAUGCGCAGAGCCGGGUGUCCGGUGUCAAACCGAGCAGCUGUUGAGUUCGUUCAGGGCAGAACCGAACCAGCACGUGCUGCACAGUCUCUUUAACGGAACGGACCUCGUCCCAAAGCCGACACAGAACCGGGAUCCAGCCGGUACAGACACUCGGAGUCCUAUCCGGUACCAGUAGGAAAGCUAACGGAGCUAACGGAGCCGAACCGUCUGCUGACCAACAGGCCGCGGUCCGGUCCCGUCCGGACCAUCUCCGCGUUUCAGACCCUGCUUCUGCUGCUGCUUGGAAAGGUUCUGUCUGAGAACCGGUUCGGCUGGAAGACAGGAACCGGACAUGCUGAUAGCGGCUGUCGGAAGCUCCGCCCCCACAGGCAAGAAACGACGGCGAGGCAAGAAGCACCGGAGAGUCCGAGCUGACGGCAGCCGGCCUGAAGAGGGCAGUGAUUUUCUGAAGACUGAUGGUCCUCCCCUCCAAAUACCAUUACAGAAUGAUGCCCAAAAAGACCAGCUCCCCCCAGAAGGUCCUACAAACAGCACAAAUGGGGAAGGUCCAGAGGGUCCAGAGCCUGGCACAAUUUUCCCCGAGAGAUCCAUCCAGACACCUUGCCUUCAAGGUCCCCAGCAGUCCCUAACGUCCCAGAUUCCAAACCAGACAACCCAGUCACCUGUUCCCCAAAGCCCCCACCAGUCACCUGUUCCCCAGAGCCCCCACCAGACCACCCAGUCACCUGUUCCCCAGAGUCCCCACCAGAACACCCAGUCACCAAGUUCCCACAGUCCAAACCAGAUUACUCAACCACUUCCUCCUCAGUGCCCCCACAAGAUAACCAAGGCAGUGCAUCAGCGGAGCAUAAACCAGAUGGCAAUAUUCACUCCAGAACCUGUGGAAACUAUAAUGCCUCCUGACAUUACUCUCAACAACUCCCAGUGUCCUAGCCAAUCAUCUUCUGCUGCAUUAGAAAGCUUUGGCCAAAGUCUCAGAAAGUCACCACCAGAUGUUAACAACAUUACCCAGAAUGCCUCAGCACACGGUUUUACUGAGUUCUUCCAACCACCAACCUCACCUUACAGCGUUACCUCUGAGACUUCUGCAGUAUUUGCACAAAACCCUGUUACACCUCCUCCCACUACUAUGUUAAGCCCCACCCACUCCGACCCCUUCCUCCUGACCUCGAUGACCUUUACUUCCAGUGCCUCCUCCCACUCUCUGUGCUCCUCCUCCUCUCUUCUCUGUUCUCUGGAUUCUCCAUUCAGUUUCCCUCCCAUGACAUCAUCUGCCCCAUCUCAUCUGGCUAUGCCCCCUCCACGUCAGAGCCCGCCUCCUGUAGAGUUAACCCCGCCCCCAGCCCAGUUGCUUGGCUCUGAUGAUGAAGAGCAGGAAGACCCUUCAGAUUAUUGUAAAGGUGGAUACUACCCAGUAAAGAUCGGAGACCUGUUCAACGGCCGCUACCAUGUGGUCAGGAAACUGGGCUGGGGACACUUUUCCACAGUGUGGCUCUGCUGGGACCUGCAGAAGAAGCGCUUUGUGGCCAUGAAGGUGGUGAAGAGCGCUCCUCAUUACACCGAGACGGCUCUGGAUGAAAUCAAACUGCUGCGAUGUGUGAGGGACAGCGACCCCUCUGACUCGUACAGAGAAACCAUAGUCCAGCUCAUUGAUGACUUCAAGAUCUCUGGAAUCAAUGGAGUGCAUGUCUGUAUGGUUCUGGAAGUUCUGGGUCAUCAGUUAUUAAAAUGGAUCAUUAAAUCAAACUAUAUGGGACUUCCUCUGGUCUGUGUCAAGACCAUCAUCCGACAGGUGCUGCAGGGACUCGACUACCUUCACACCAAGUGUAAGAUUAUUCACACGGACAUCAAGCCGGAGAACAUCCUCCUGGUUGUUGACGAUGUCUACGUCAGAAGAUUGGCGGCUGAGGCCUCCAUCUGGCAGAGAGCCGGAGCCCCGCCCCCCUCAGGGUCAUCAGUUAGCACGGCUCCCAGGGAUGAAGAGAUGGGGAAGUUGUCAAAAAACAAGAAGAAAAAGUUGAAAAGGAAGGCAAAGCGUCAACAGAAGCUCCUAGAGGAAAGGCUCAUGGAUAUACAGAGGAUGGAUGAGGAGGAAGGACUACAGCAGCCUGACGAUGCCGACCCGACCUGUUCUGUGGUCGUCAACGGCAACACUUUCUGCUCCACAGCCAAUCACAAGCCAAGCCCAGAUUCCAGCAGCUCCUGGUUGGACGACAGGUUCAGUGACCCCGCCCCCGGACGGUUCUCCAGCCCCGCCUCCGGCCUAUCAGGGCUCUCCAGCUCAGUGAUGUCGGCGACCUCCGAGUCGGCGCUCUCCACCCAGUCGGGAUACUCCAGCGGACGAGACGGAUUCAGUUCAUCGGACUUCGUCCUGAACCCUCUGGACCCGCAGAACGCCGACCGGCUCCGAGUGAAGAUCGCUGACCUGGGGAACGCCUGCUGGGUGCACAAACACUUCACCGAGGACAUCCAGACCAGGCAGUACCGGGCCCUGGAGGUUCUGAUCGGAGCAGAGUACGGGCCGCCGGCAGACAUCUGGAGCACCGCCUGCAUGGCGUUCGAGCUCGCCACUGGGGAUUACCUGUUCGAGCCACAUUCAGGAGAAGAUUACACCAGAGACGAAGAUCACAUCGCCCACAUCAUGGAGCUGCUGGGUCCACUGCCACUGCCCUUCGCGUUGUCUGGCAGGUACUCCAGGGAAUACUUCACCAGGAGAGGUGAGCUGCGGCACAUCUCCAACCUGAAGCCGUGGGGUCUGUUCGAGGUUCUGCUGGAGAAGUACGAGUGGCCGCUGGACCAGGCGGCGCAGUUCAGCGACUUCCUGCUCACCAUGCUGGAGAUGGAGCCGGAUCGCCGCGCCACGGCGGCGCAGUGCCUGCAGCACGUCUGGCUGCACACAUAGCACACACCUGCACACACACCUGUCUCACUGUGACUCGCUGACCCGUGUGGUCGGAGAUGCCUCUGCUGAUUGGCCGACUGGUCAGUGGGCCGGGCCGAUGAACGGUUUAGCCCCGCCUCCCCUCUGAAGCUGACCACCAGUCACACCUGAGGAAGCCUCACCUGUCUGAACUGAGCUGAAGUCGAUACUCAGAGACGACCUUUGACCUGGCCAGGUGAAACCAUCCAGAUGUUUAGUCCCAGAUUAUCAGCUGCUGAUCACCUGGACAGGUGAACUGUCAGAGCUGACUCCAGAAAUCACUUCAGUGCUGCUGUACCUCACUUCCUGUUAGACUUCCUGUCCUGUCUACUUCCUGUUUUUCCACCUGACUUCCUGUCUUCCUUUCAUACUCACUUCGUGUUCCUCACUGUUUUCCUGUCUGAUUUCUGAUCAGUUUUUUGAGUCGAUCUGAUUUAUGAAGCCAGCAGCUCGUCUGUUUCAUCAAUCGAUCAACGACCGAUCGAUUGACUAUCCAUCUGCCGAUCACCUGAUUGGCUGUCAGUCGAUCAACCUGUGUGAGUUUCCGGUGCUGAACUUCCACAGAUUCGUUGAAAUCUCUUUUUCUCUCAUUUUCCUGAAUUUUAAGUGUUUUUAUUGAUCUGUUAUUCCUGCUUAUUGAUUAUUGAUCAGUAGAUAACGAGUUUCCACCUGUUCACCUGUUCUGGUGACGUUAGUGCCUUGAAACAGCCCCGCCCCCUACAGUGACAUCACUGAUGAUGUCGGGGGAUUUUCUACCUGUUUUUGUGUGAAUCUCACCUGGUCAGGUGUUCUCUGGUUUCAGAAUAAAAGUCGCCUCAGUUCUGAGUUUUACUGGGUUUACUGGGGGUGAAUCAGAACCAUUUGGACCUGGUGGUGUAGAACCACUCAGUUCUCUGGGUUCUGGAGGGAAACCUGCAGCGAUUGGUUCAUUGGUUGUAAUUUAACAUGUUUCUGUGCUUUAAUUAAACCUUUUCUUAUCAGCAUCA